ACUAUACAUAUCGAUAAGACGCGGAUCAGUAGAGACACAUUUAGAUUGCUUAUAUUUUGAUUCUAGAGAAUGGAUUUGGAUUUAUCACGGGAUGCUAUGAUAGAACAGCUCAAAAAGAGGGGGAUACACUUGUCCGAUGUGGAGAGUAUGUCGAUAGAGCAGUUAGAGGAUAUAUACCGGAAGUUUGUGAUACCCAAACCAAGAAGGGAGCGGGAACACCGCGAUCGAUCCAAACCCAUUCCCAUGGAAAUGGAGCAGUUGGCGCAGCGCAUCAAAUCUGUAGCUAUGGUGGGUCAAAAACGACCACUGCUGGAUAGCCCGAACGACGACAGUCCCAAGCAAAUCAAGAUGGACCUCCGUUGACCUGUGACAGGAGGCGAUAAGCUUAUGGGGGCUACAAUGCAGUGCCCCCAAUCAGUAGGCAAACGAACGUUCGUCGAGAUGCACCUGCUCCUCAUCCUUCUUUACUGUGUUCCACUGGUUGUGGGCGAUAUUUUGCCACUGCAACCAGAUUUGGAGAACAUUCAGGUUACUUUGUUUAUUAAGAAUAUUUCGUCAUAUGGUAUUAUUGGAUCGACCUUUAUAUAGGUCCCCCAUAAAAUAAUAGAGAUCAUGUUA